AUGGGCGCCUGCAGGAGAAAGGCCCUGACCCUGCUGAGCAGCGUCUUUGCCGUGUGCGGCCUGGGCCUGCUGGGCACCGCGGUCAGCACGGACCACUGGCUGUACCUGGAGGAGGGCGUGGUCCUGCCCCAGAACCAGAGCACCGAGACCAAGAUGGCCCUGCACUCAGGCCUGUGGAGGGUCUGCUUCCUCGCAGGUGAGGAGCGGGGACGCUGCUUCACCAUAGAGUAUGUGAUGCCUGUGAGCGCCCAGCUCACCUCCGAGUCCACGGUCAACGUGCUAAAAAUGAUUCGCUCGGCCACGCCGUUCCCCCUGGUCAGCCUCUUCUUCAUGUUCAUCGGCUUCAUCCUGAGCAACAUUGGACACGUCCGUCCCCACAGGACAAUCCUGGCCUUUGUCUCCGGCAUCUUCUUUAUCCUCUCCGGCCUCUCGCUGGUGGUGGGCCUGGUGCUGUACAUCUCCAGCAUCAACGAUGAGAUGCUCAACAGGACCAAGGAUGCGGAGACCUACUUCACCUACAAGUACGGAUGGUCGUUUGCCUUCGCUGCCAUCUCCUUCCUCUUAACGGAGAGUGCGGGGGUGAUGGCCGUGUACCUGUUCAUGAAGAGGUGCACCGCCGAGGACGUGUACAGGCCUCACCCCGGUUUCUACCGCCCGCGUCUGAGCAACUGCUCGGAUCACUCGGGCCAGUUCCUGCACCCGGACGCCUGGGCGCGAGGCCGCAGCCCGUCCGACAUCUCCAGCGACGUCUCCCUGCAGAUGAACAGCAGCUACCCAGCCCUGCUCAAGUGCCCCGACUACCGCCAGAUGUCUUCCUCCCCCUGCUGAGUCCCCGCCCCGAUUGCCACGCCCAGACAGCCUUCCCUGCCCCCGCUGCCCUUGCUCUACGCCCGGC